AUGGAAGCCAUCCAAUACAACAUAAAGAAACGAACAUCACCAUCGAAGAAGUGUGGUAUAGUUGGGUACAUUGGACAAGACGCAUGUGCUCAUUAUUUAUAUGAAGGUUUGAUGAUUCUUCAAAACAGAGGAUAUGAUUCAGCAGGAAUUGCGUCAAUUGACAAAAUGAAGCACCUCACUGUCACAAAGUACGCGUCUGUCGGAAGCACCAGUGACUCCCUCAAGAUACUUGAAGGACACCUAGCGGAGCACGGUACUAACACAUGUGGUAUUGCACACACUCGUUGGGCAACACAUGGUGGUAAAACAGACACAAAUGCACACCCACAUGUCGAUCAAAAGAGGAGAAUUGCAUUAGUGCACAACGGUGUCAUUCAGAAUUACAGCGAAAUCAAAGCCGAGUUGAUAGCAAAGGGAAUUAAAUUUGUUUCUGAGACAGACACCGAGGUGAUAGUCCAACUCAUUGGAUCGUUUUUGGAUGAAGGAGAAACGGUCAUUGGAGCUAUGAAAAAAGCCGAACAAAAGAUGGUGGGUACUUGGGGAGUUGUAUUGAUAUCUGUCGACAAUCCGUCGUGUAUCUAUGCCAUGAAAAACGGUUCUCCGCUUCUCAUUGGUGUCGCAGAGAAAAGCCGUUUUGUCGCUUCUGAACCGGCGGCAUUUGCUCGGUACACUCGGGAAUUCAUUUCAAUGAAAGACAUGGAAAUCGCAGUGAUCGACGUUUCAAAGCCAAUCGAUUUGUCAAGAGUCGAAAUACAUCCAGAAGACAACAUCGCGCUUUCGCCAGCACCGUUCCCUCAUUGGUGCAUCAAAGAAAUAACUGAACAACCAAUUGCAGCUUCUGCGGCCAUGAAUUAUGGUGGGCGAUUUGUGAGUAUGAAAGAAGUGAAGUUGGGUGGGUUAGAGAGUAAGGUCGACGAGUUACUUCCAAUCAAGAAUUUGGUGAUUUCGGGAUGUGGUACGAGUUUGUAUGCGAGUAUGUUUGGUGCAGCUGUCAUGCGCAAGUUGCGCGCAUUCACCACAGUGCAAGUGAUCGAUAGUGCCGAGUUGACAAUUGACUGUUUGCCGGAUGAUGGGGGGUUGUUAGUUGUGAGUCAGUCUGGUGAGACAAAGGACGUACACAGAGCCGUCCAGUUGGCACAGUCUGUUGACAUCCCAACGUUCUCUGUUAUUAAUGCUGUUGGUUCGCUCAUUGCUCGAACGACGAUGUGUGGUGUCUAUGUGAACGCUGGUCGCGAAAACUCAGUAGCUUCAACAAAGUCGUUUUCAUCGCAAGUCAUUUGUUUGUGCCUAAUCGCUGUUUGGUUCUCACAACAUCGGAAGGCAUCCUCAGUAAGAGAAGCACUGAUUACAAGUCUCCAGAGGAUCCCAACGUGUAUGGGGAUGGCGCUUUCAACUCGCGCAAAGUUGCAGAAAAUUGCGAAAAGAAUGAUUCUUUCUGACGUGAAAUCGAUGUUCAUUUUGGGAAAAGGGUUAGCAGAAAGUGUCGCGAAGGAAGGUGCCUUGAAGAUUAAGGAGAUCAGCUACAUACACUCAGAGGGAUACUCUGGAGGAGCUUUGAAACAUGGGCCAUUUGCUUUGAUAGAAAAAGACCUUCCUGUGGUUUUAAUAAUUCUCGACGAUGAAAACGCGGGGUUGAUGAAAGUCGCCGCGGAAGAGAUCAAGGCAAGAGGUGCAUAUUUGGUUGUUAUAACCGAUCGAGAGGACUUGGGCAAAGUUGCUGAUGAAACCAUUGUCAUUUGUAAUGCUGGAAUACUUACUGCGCUUGUGGCUGUUGUGCCACUCCAGAUCCUUGCUUAUGAGCUUUCUGUGGCUAAAGGAAUUAACCCAGACAAGCCCAGAAACUUGGCUAAGGCUGUGACCGUGGAUUAA